GCUUCGCAAGGAAGCCAGAUGAGAGAUCUCAAUAAACUGCCAUAUGUCAGUCUAGAUGUAGUAUUAAGAGAUUUUUCUGUGCUUUGUUUUACUAAAUCAUGUUAAUUUACGAAACAGGAACAGAUGGGUUUGGUUAAGAGGAGUAAGUAUGACAAGUGGCGAGGUGCCGGCAGUCUCGAGCUUCAACCGUUUCUAGUUCCUUUCUCUCAUAGCUCACGUUCCACCUGAUUGAUUGAUAAAAGCGGUUAACGAUGCGUGCUGGUCUUGUUGGGCGAACUGCGAUUCUGGAGGUUGGAGUGAUUAUAACACCACUUGGAAGUCUGCUCUCGUAUGAGUCAAUUUUCUUCUGCUCUUGACGUCUUGACGUUGCAGUGUCUACUGAAUUGUGGUCGGCGCAUCGACUGGGUUAGAAAUAAGUAUCUCUGCGAACACAAGUGACGAGAAUCAGUCAUGGCGGCGGAAGUGGCUAACCCCGAGGACGUAAACCUGCACCGCUCGAUUGCAGAGGAGCCAACAAAAUCAGAUGAGUCAGCGGAUUCUCCGACAGCAAAACUCCAGUCACCAUCCCCGGAGUCAGAAGUGCAUGACGAAAACAACGGUAACGCCACUGCAUCCCAAGGAAUUGAAACCCCAAAUGACGAAGAAUUCAACGAAACGGAAUCACUGGUAUCAGACCCAAACAUCACACCACGUCGCCAUGAGAAAGCGAGGGCCUUUCGUGAGGCUCGUCAAGAGAGGGUGGAAGCGGAAACCGAUGCUUUCCUCCAAUCCAAAAUACGCAAGCUAAAUGCGCGAGCACAUACAGCUCAGGAACUGGCAGAGAAAAAAAGAAUGCACGAAGAAGCCAAAGCUUUGGAACUGAAGAAGCGCGAAGAGCUUCGUGCCGACCAGAUUCAGAGAAAUGGAGAGGUGAAGGCGGAUAAUUUAGUGGAACAUGCCAAUCUGGAGGCUGCAAAAUUAAAAGCCCAUGCCCAUGAGCAGGCGGAAAGAGCUCUUGCUGAUUCUACUGCUACUGCAGAGAUGGUGAAGGCUGCUGAAGAACAAGCAAGGAGAAACGGCAUUGCUGAGCUUGUGGAUGAAGUGGAACAAAUGAGGGCUGUUGGAGAGCUCCCAACUCACGAAAAGAAAGGCUACAUUACACGUUUGAAAGAAAAGAUAGUUAAUCAUUGAAGAGGCUAACAACCUUUAAUUAAGGAACCAAGAGUUAUUAGCAUAAAUAGUGGCAAAAAGGUCAAACAAAUUUGAGUAGUCAUUUCUUUUUGGUUGAAUUCAACAAUUUGACUUCUUGUAAGUAUUAAAAGUAAUAAAUUUGUGUUUAGAUUAAAGUAAA